AUGACCAGCUCGGAGGAUGCAUUCCAACAACUCGCCCGCAUCCUCGCUUCCAGAGACAACAACGUUCUCGAGAUUGAGAUCCUCUCUCCAACACUAGGUCUGCCACUUCUUCAAGAUGGCUUAGCAGUGGGAAUCACCAAGAAAGCGCUGGUCCAAGCCUUCACGGUCGCACGACAGCUCUUCAACAAUCGAGUCCCCGAUCCCCGCGAUGCCCCUGCGUGUUUGGCUGCCUCGGAAGUGAUCCUUCUUUUUGACUGCGAGCACCUGACCGCAUGUAACUGGCGCAAGCGCUGGAUGCUGGCAUCCAUGGCGCAGCGCGGGGCUGGUGCAGACAAGGCCCCGGCGCCAAUCCAGAUCCUAGAGGCCGAGCUCAGACUCAUGUCGUCGUACCAGUGCUCUCCGCUUCAUCGACACACCAAGUCUCCGACUCUGUGGCACCACCGGCUGUGGGUGCUGCAGCAUCUGCUCCCACUGCAUAGCUGCACCCCCGAGCGUUUACUGGAACUCCAGCGCGCGGAGCUGGAUGUCGUUCUUCGCGCCGCGGAGCUACACCCGAAGAAUUACUAUGCGUUCAGCUAUAUGCGCCAACUGCAUAUGCUGCUCGCUGAUGUCGGGGUUGACAAGGACCAGUCGAGCUCUGUUGAAUUGGCUCGGGUUAUGGUUGGCCCUGUCUUCGACUGGUGUCUGAGUAAUCCGCGAGAUAUCUCCGGCUGGGCUUUUGGGCUAUACCUCCUUAUCCAUGUGCCUGGGCAGCAGAUCCGGGUGGAUACGGUGGACAGAGUGCUGCGAUUUGCCCGGGAUGUUGGGUGGGAAGGCGAGAGCUUAUGGACGUUUGUUGACCAGGCCGUACAGCAGUUCCAGCUUGACCAUGUGGCUGAAUAUCUUCUGCAGUGUCCAGAAACCUCAUUGGCCGGUAUUCCUGCUGCGACUCAGAAGAUGCCAUGGCUGACCUGGCUGACCCGGGCAAGGGCAUAUUGGGCUGUAAAUGGACAGAACCUCACUACGUGA